UUUUAUUUUGAUUUUCGAUUUUUUUUGAAUUCUGCACUGUCCCCGCUCAUCCCCUGGCCGGGGGUCCGGACUCUCUCCUCCCUCCCCAUCGAGCACCCAGGACCCACCGCCCGAUCUCCCUCCCUUCCCCUCGCCCCUCGCCCCUCGCCCACGGAUCCCAGCCUCUCCCACCCCCUGCCCACCCUCCCAUCCUCCAGCCAGCCCAGCUGCACGCAAUUCCAUGGACCGGGUUCUUGGGUUCCACUGACUGGAGGCCACCCAGGGAUGAGAAAUUGCAAAAUGGUCCGGGUCGCGAGUGUGCUGGGGCUGGUCAUGCUCAGCGUCGCCCUGCUGAUUUUAUCCCUCAUCAGUUACGUCUCCCUGAAAAAGGAUAAUAUUUUCACCACUCCCAAGUACGCCAGCGCGGGGGUGCCUAGGAUGUAUAUGUUCCAUACGGGAUUUAGGCCGCAGUUUGCCCUGAAGUUUCUGGACCCUUCGUUUGUGCCCAUCACAAAUUCUCUGACCCAGGAACUCCAAGACAAACCUUCCAAAUGGACUUUUAACAGGACAGCGUUUCUACAUCAAAGGCAAGAAAUUCUUCAGCAUGUCGAUGUAAUAAAAAAUUUUUCUUUGACCAAGAAUAGUGUUCGGAUUGGACAACUGAUGCACUAUGAUUAUUCCAGCCAUAAAUAUGUUUUCUCUAUUAGCAAUAACUUCCGAUCGCUGCUUCCAGAUGUAUCACCUAUUAUGAAUAAGCAUUAUAAUAUCUGUGCCGUGGUUGGAAAUAGUGGGAUCCUUACAGGGAGUCAGUGUGGACAAGAAAUAGAUAAAUCCGAUUUUGUUUUUCGUUGCAAUUUUGCUCCCACCGAGGCUUUCCAAAAGGAUGUUGGAAAGAAAACCAACCUUACCACCUUCAACCCCAGCAUCCUGGAAAAGUAUUACAACAAUCUUUUGACCAUUCAGGACCGUAACAACUUUUUCCUCAGUUUAAAAAAGCUCGAUGGGGCCAUUCUCUGGAUCCCUGCUUUUUUCUUCCACACUUCAACAACUGUAACCAGGACCUUAGUUGACUUUUUUGUUGAGCACAGAGGGCAGUUAAAGGUCCAGUUGGCUUGGCCUGGAAAUAUAAUGCAACACGUCAACAGGUACUGGAAAAACAAGCAUUUGUCACCUAAACGUCUGAGCACAGGUAUUCUAAUGUACACCCUUGCUUCUGCAAUAUGCGAAGAGAUCCACUUGUAUGGAUUUUGGCCAUUUGGAUUUGAUCCCAACACAAGGGAAGACCUGCCGUACCAUUACUAUGACAAAAAAGGAACAAAAUUUACAACCAAGUGGCAGGAGUCCCAUCAGCUGCCUGCAGAGUUUCAGCUGCUCUACAAAAUGCACGGGGAAGGACUUAUUAAACUGACUUUGUCACAUUGUGCCUAAGAACUUCAAACUUGAAGUGCCAAAUGAUUGUUAAAAGUGCCCAAAACCAAAUUGAAUAUCCUUCAAAAAUAUAUCCCUAAAAUGUUUACUAAAGUAUUUUCCACAGUAUAAAGAUGCUCUUUUAUCACCCUUCCCACUGCUUUUCAAGGGUUUUCAGCAUAUUUAGCAAUGCAGAAAUGUUUAGCCAACAAGAGCUAGACGUUUUGAGCAGCAAGAAACUUUGUGAGUAAUGAAAGUUUGCAUUUAUAGAUAUACUCCUUCUAGAAAAUAUGUUUUAAAAUAUUUUCACAUCAAUUUUCAUACUAUAUUAAAUGCUUCCCAUUUUAGCAUUCCACACUGAUGAGAACCGGAACUGCUAGUUUAAAAUGUUUUGCUCAAACGACAGUGUCGGUUGCUUUUAGUGAGAGUCCUAUUAAUCAUAUUACCUAGUGUAAAUUGGGGGAGUACAAUAGAAUUUCAGUUUACUGUCAUACUCAAACUUUUUGAAAUGGAAAUGAAAAGAAAAGUUCAUAUAUUCCAUUCCUGCUUUUUGUUUCGUUUUGUUUUAUUUUCUGGGAUGAGUUUUACAUUAUGUUGGGCAUCUGAUUUAAUUGGUUGUACAGAAGUGGGUCGAUGCAUUCACGGUAUAGGGAAACUUGCAUGUUCCCAUCCAGAGCCAUUUCCAAUGGCUAGAUCAAGAAGCAUCAAGAUUGGAUGUUAUAGUAUUUUCAUAUCCAUGGGGAAGAGGAUCCUGGGAAGGAGCACUUCUCUCCAUCAUGUCAAUCAACCCAAGCAUUUUGGAAGCCUUGGCAGUAGCUUUAGGAAUUUGGGCCAUUUGGAGGGAGCUAUAAGGGUCUUCAGCUAUCCCUUCUUUCAGAGCCACUUGGCAGAGAAAAUGUCCUCUGGAAGUAGGCCCUCUCAGCGGACAACUCCCCCAUGUGUUUGCCGGGCCACAGAGAGUCUGUGCCAAAGCUUCAGAAAUGACAGCGAGUGGGGAGAGAUCUAUGAGGUGAUCUGGUGGGUCCCAGAGGGCUGAAGCAGAUUCAAUGCCUAGACUAGUUUGGUUUCCCCUGCAUCCAGUGAUGGCGUCUCCAUUCUCCUGUUCCAUGACUGUUUGUUUGCCUAGGACGUGAAGGCUCUGGAUUCUCUCUCCUUACCCUGCAGGUCAGGUCUGCACAUUCAGGCCAAAGUAGGGUUUUGGUUUGAAUACCUGGAUGUUAGACCUAGCCUCAGGAAAUGCCUUUUUCAUAAGUCUAAAAACCAUAAAUCUCUACCACUUCUGAUCCCUGGUUUCUAACUGCACAGCACUUUGUACUGCCAGUCAAGCCAAUAGGCUGGCCAAGUGGAGGUUAAAUUUUAAUACGAUCUUUCUUUUUUUCUUUCGGAAUGCCAAUCAAGUACAUUUAGAAUAUGUGUGGGUAAGACAGCUUGCUAUUUUCCAGAAAUCACAUCUAGAUGACUUGCAAUGUUACAAAUAUCAUUAAAAAAUAAUUGCUGGAGUUGGGUAAUCAAUUUGCUACUUCUCAUCAGCAUGUAGAACUAUGUCUAAAAAUAAGCAGAGUACAACAAUGAAAUUCCCUCUGCUGAUGCCAACCCCCAACACUGCCGUAUAUUUGCUUUUAGGGGCAGGGAGCUUUUUCCGAAUGUCACAAGAAAUCAGUGCUGAUUAGGAUAGACUCCAGAAAUUAACACUUGAAAAUCUCCCAGGCAUAAUUCUGUCUUAAGUCAGGUCAAUGAGCUGGAGAAAAUUAUUAUCCUUAUCUUUUUGACAUGGGGAGAGCUGGAUUAAACUGCCUGGAUGCAGAAAGAAGAGACAUGAAUGAAAGUUUCAGGAUGAGCAACUCCAAAUCUCUUGCAUGCACAUGGAGAGUAGAGAGGGUUUCUUCCAAUUGUUUUGUACAUUUUGGGUGCCACUGCCCAAAGAACACUCAAACUGAUGCUUUGCCUAAUGAGAGAUAAACUUCUGUUUACCUCUUUGGAAGCUCAGACCGAAGGAGCUUCUCAGAUGUAUUUCCUGCAAAAUUGAAUCACCCAGAAACUGUAAACCAUGCCUUUAAGAAUGAUAAAUGGGAUUAGAAACAGCACCAAAUUCAAUUUAUGACUGCACCAUGAAAGGGUAUUUAAAUCUGAUUUUAAAUGGAUGCCCCCUUUUAAAAAAGGACAUGUUCAGAUAGAAAUUGAAAAUCUCGUCUCAGUCGUUCCUCUCUGCCUCACCUGAGGCUAAACUAUUUGAAGAGGAUCUCUAUUCUCCUAACCUGAUUUUACUUUUCAAAUUCAUAUUUGUAGCUGGAGAUGCUGAUAGAAUGGCCUGGGGAUUAGAGAAUUGUAAGGCCAGAGGGACCACAUGAGAUCAUCAAGUACAUUUCCUUUCCUGCAGGUAGGAUUGCCCUCAAAGCAUCUGCAAAUGAUAGGUGUCUCACUUUUCUUAAAAAAAAUCGGAGAAGAUUCCCCAACCUUCCUCGAUUACUUAUUUCCAGGACUCACAAUGCUUCUGACUAGGAAGUCUAACCCAAAUCCUUCCUACUGUAAUUUUGUCCUAAUGCCAGCAGAAACAGAGGAAAGGUUUUCAUCAUCUCUCACAUGCUAUUGCUCUAUUUAAUUGAAAACGGAUUUAAAUCCGACUUUUCUCCUAUAUAAAGCAGCCCAGACAUUAGAACUCCCCCCUCAUUGGAUCACAGAUGUUGAGUGAGAUCCUCCCACCUAACCAUCCAGCUCGAACAUCUGGACCAGUUUGGGGAUACAGUCUAAAGAAUCCCCUUAAAAAAAACCCAAAAAACUAUCAUUGGUGAUUAAAAGUAACUUGUCUCCUCACCCUUUUUGUCUUCCUUACUCUCCUCAUCUUCCUCUCCUUCUAUAGCAAAGUUGAAUGCUCAAAAAUCUAAAAGAAUAGUAUUUGAACCAAGUCCAGGAAGUUCAGCUACUCUUAGGUGUAUCAGUCUGAUUUCUGAUAGGGGCUGCACCCAGGCAGGAAGGAAGAAGCAAAUCGUCUCAGGCACAGAUCACUUUAUAGCAGCUGCAAGGUGGAAUAGCAUUUCAAUUGCCUUUGAGACAGGCAGUCCCUGGGUACCCUCUUGGCUGACACAAAGAUGCUGCCCAGACCUGAGGCACUGGGAGAUGGGAGUAUAGCGAAUAAACCCUUAGCCACUAAAAGAAGGUGGACAAAGUGGGAUGGGGAGGAGAGGAGGGGAGGGAGCAGCAGGGAGAGUCUUGCCUGCCGUCCCGGGGGCAUUUGAAACCCAAAAUGUAAAGAAUGGGGAAAAAUUGCAACAGCAGAGUGACUGUGAAGCCAAAGUCUUCACUAUGAAGUCCGUUCCAUUUGUAUUUUGAUAGAUUUCCAAGAGAAUGUCCUGUACUAUGUCCUGUACUUGUGGGAUUGUUGUGUUUAUCUCUGCUUGCUAUGGAGAGUUAACCCCUUCAGAAUUUAUCACCGAGAAGAAAUAAAAUAUUUUUAGGAGACUCACGAUAAUGAUCCCGACCCACAGUUUUAUAGGUACUCAACUACAUUCAAUUUUAUGUGAAAUGAGUCAAUUGAAUUAAGACCAGGGGAUAAUAAAUAGGCCAGUUACUAAUAGUUCAUAGGUGAAAGCCAGCCUCUUUCCUAUUAUCUAUUCAUUCUCAUAUAGGAUAAUUCUUUUAAAAAUAAAUACACAUACUUGAAGACUGAACAUUUUAAGCUUAGCUAUACUCUGAAGUUCAUGCAUGAAUUUUCAACCAGUGCCUCUCUUGAGCAAGAAAUAAUUUGUGUCAACACCAUCCCUACAGGUUAUAAUUCAUAACACACUUAUUUUUGCAUAAUAUAUUCAAUUAAGUAUUGUAACAAAUAAGCAUGACCAUGAAUGAAUGUUCUUCAAUUUUAUCACUUAUUGAUCUUAAACAGAGACUUUUAGGCAUGGAACACUACAAAAAUUGUCAUAUUGUAUUUUAUUUUGUUUUGAUUUCUUCUUAUUAAAGCUAUUUAUGUUAAAGUAAGUGUUGUUCCCCACCAAAAACACCUAUCCCCAGGUGAUAGAUUUUUGCAAUGGAGUCAAAUCAUGAUGAAUUCAUCACAAAAUAAAAUUCUUGAAGCAGAGAUUACAUCACAAAUCAAGGGUUAUGGACAGUGGCUGAUUUCUGCAUCAGCCACUUAGGCUCACACUUUUCUGUGCAUUAAUUCCCAAAAAUCUGGCUCACCUUUCUGCUCUUCAAACUUUUUUUCCUGCUCCCUUGCCCCAUUCAUUUCGAUACUCCCUCACCUCUCACAUGCUCUCAAAUGAGGUGUCUGGAAGCAAAACUGGAAGUACAUGCUCUGAGCCUACUGAGAAUUGUACAAUGAGAGAAGACAGAUAGCUAAGGGGUCGCUGGCCCUAAGAGUGUCAAAUUCCUUAAUCGGCUCCUGCUUAAGAAUUAGAGUCAAUCAGUGAUCUGUAGACAAGUCAGUUGGCAGGCAUCUACAUUCAAACUACCCAUAAAAUUAUAAAAUUGAGGUUUUAGACACAUAUCUAAUAUUACAGACAAAAAAAGCAACAAAAAACAAAGCCAAAAACCCUCAACAUUUGAAAAAUUAAGAUAAUUUAAGAAAAAGUGCAUUUGCAUAUGAAUUAUCCGGAAAAUGUACAGGUGUAGACAUAACUUAAUUUUUUUUUACCAACAUGUCAAGAGAAAAGAUGCUUUUCUGGAAAAUCUGUGCUAUUUUGUAUUCUCUAGCAUAUUCCAUCCAUUGCCUUGUAAGAACUACAACCUCCAAACACUAUUUACAAUAUUUAAUGAAAUUUCAAGUUAUCUAUGGGUGGUAGAUAUGAGGAAACAUUUUAUAAAUGGGGAAACCAAGGCACAGAGGAGUUUAUGGUCCAGACUUAAUUUGCAGAUCUGUCAGAAUUUGAAAUGAGGUCUGGGAGACCUAGCACCUCUUUUGCCUCUAUGCCUUAUGGUUCUGAAGUAGAAAGCUCUUCAGACAAAACUCUUUACUCUCUGAGAGGAGGAUUCAGGAAGUUAAUACAAAAAGACAAUCACUUUUAAAUCAUGUGUUCUUAUUGUUCAUGGUGGCUCCAUUGUGAAAGCCUCUAGUAUUGACACCAUUCAUAAACCUCAUUUCAAAGUGCAUUCCUUUCUGGGUCCUCUUCCUCAUACUAAAUUUGGCUGAAUUCUCUGGAUAUUUCAGGAAGUUACCUUUUCUAGUGAGAAAUAUCCACAUAAUUCAGAGAAAAUUGUGCUUACGGAGAUACAUUUGCCACAUUUAGGGAGAUAGUUCUGUUGGUUGAUUCAAGGCUUUAUUAUGCUCUUUUUUCCCUGAGUUGCGGGUUCAAUGAAGGGUCUAACUGCUUUAUAGUGCAUGGAUACUCUUCUUUUUCAAGUCUCUCAGAAGCAACAAGACACAUUUUAGAGAGGAACUGGGUUGCAGUCAUUCCUCUCUGAAGUCCCUCCCCUCUGAUUUUUCAUUCCUUAGAAAAAUAAAGGGGCUUCAGGGCUUUCCUAUUUAAAUGCCUGAAAAAUUGCUCUUCUCCAUUAAUGAAAACUUAUCCAAGGAAUUGGAGCUUGUGUUGUAUGGGACUGGGACUCCAAAAAUUCCUCAGAUGUAUCUCAUCAAGACUAAACUCUGAGGAAUGCUGAAGUGUACUGGUCAACUCUCUUGGGAGAUUUCCAGUCACUUGGUUUUAAUCCACAAGCCUGACCUUCCUUCUGGAAUCACCAGUUUUACUGCCAAUUUGCAGCCCAAAUCUGGUACUGCUGCAGAAAUGAAAAGCCACAAAGAACCAUUUUCAGGUGGUUCUUGCUUCACCUGCAGUGAUUUUCUAACUUUUCUACACUCUUCUCUGAAUUGUUUUCCCCCAGAGCAAGGGGGAAACCUAGAAAAUAAAAAAAGAACUUGCAUGUUCUCUGGGCUAUUUCUGUCAGAGCAGCACUAUCUCCAACUAUAAACAACAAAAAAAUCUUUCUGUUGGGCUUUUUUUCACCUCUGUAGGGACACCCUACAAUAAACUCAGACCCCCGCACCUGAUUCUACUCAGCUGGCUACAACUGACCUUCAGAGGAACUCCUUCAGGGGAAGAAAUAUAAAAGAUUUUCUGGGUAGGAGAGGUGGGCAUUGAGAUAGACCAUGUAGAGUGAUGCCAUUCACUCCUUCACCUUUAGAUAAAACAAGCAGUAGACUUCUCCUUAUGACCCACUGCUCUAUUUGAAUCCAGACCUACAGGUCUCUCCAUUCUGACUUAUUCUACACUCCUAUGAUAGUGCAGAUAUGACCUGAGGGAAGUAGUAUUGGAAAUCUGAGCCUCAAUUCCCUACCUAGGGAUUGGAGAUCAGUUACUCUGGCCAUCCCAAUUGAAAGGAAUUUGGGACAUAAACUGAUGACAAGUUUUCAAAUUAAAAGGUCUCAAGUGAGAGUCAUUUUUAGGCAGCUUAAAACUGACCAAUUAACACUCAUGAAGGGUGAUCCUGGAAAACCAUCUUGUUUACUGAGUCACAUAAGUGACUGUGGGCUUCUCAUUCUGUAUAUAUUAAAGGACACAUUCUGCCUUUGGUGGCUUCAGAGGGAUGUGGUCAGGUGUCUCAUGGAGUCAAAUUUGACCCCUAGGAAGCUCAUUCUCAUUGAGGCAGAAUUCCAAACACCCCAUUUCACCAUCCAAAAUCUGUUUUUACUGUUUAUGAGAGUAUAUUGGUUUUCUGUAAAUACGUUUUUUAGAUUGUAAUAGCUAGCUUUGAAUUUAAAUUGGACUUUUCCAAAACACAUCACCUUGUUUUAUUUAAAAGACAAGGUUCUGUCUUUGUUCGCAAUCUAGGAAAAAUAAUUACAACAAUCCUCUGAGAGCCAAUCUUCCUACCAGUCACCAAAAAUGAGUUUUGUUCCUCUCAAAUGAAUGUCAUACUUUUUUGAAAAUGAGCCUAGGACAUGAUUUACUGUCCUUUUAGUACUGUCAGCAAAUUGUGUGUGGUACAAAUGCUAAAUAAGCCUUCACUCUCCCCUCUUUGCCCUAACCAUAGAAGAGACUGGUCCAAGACUGUGAAGCCCAGGCACACCUUUGUAAUAACCAAAUGCAGAACAGAGCCAGUCUCCAGAUGCAAGACACUUACCACAGGAAACACUCUCUGCCAUCUACUAGAACCUAACUCUAUGCCAUAGUUUAUAUGGAAAAACAGGCUAGUUCUUAUUUAUCUGCCAAGAACUGAGGUUUAAAGGCAAGGGAAGCUAUGUAUCCUGUUUAACAGAUGGGGUUUUAUGAUCCAAUCACUGAGUCCCAAAUAAUAUAUUACAAUGCCUUUAGGAUAUGGGGUAAAGAACUCUGGGUAUUCUAAUAGCAGCAAGAAACCACUUAAUGGAUGGGAGAAUUGGCCUGAGCUUAUUGAAUCCCAGAAUAUCUAAGCUUUGGUGACAUUGGUGUUUGUCAGUGUCCUUGACGUCUCCUGUGAGGUUCACUGUACUUCUUCAGUUCCUAUGCCGAAAACUUCAAAAGGGCAAAAUAGUUGUAGAGAAGAAAGCCACAUUAUUGGUUUGCUCAAUGGAUAUUACUCCAUGUUGCCCCUAAGAAUGUGGUACCGAUUUCUUUUUGCAUCUGGUUAUAAUGCUAUCCAAGCUCAGAAGGAACAUUGAAAUGAGACAGUAUGUUGUGUCCAUUUUUUUUCUAUUGCCAAAUAGAAGCAUGUGUCUCCUCUAAUCUGACAGGCCUUAUUUCAAACGUGUAAAAGUGAAAUUCUGAGUUCAAAUGUGCAACUAUUCAUUCCUUUGAUAUGACAAUCCAUAAGUUAAGACAAAUUUAAGACAAUCCAUAAUAAGACAAAAAACAAUAGAACUUUUAGGUGUUAACCUUUUCAUACUCAAUCUGUGUUUUACCUUAUCAUCUUGGGUAUUCUUUUGAAGAAUGCUAUUCUUAUGAGACAUUAAGAACCAAGUAACUAUAGUUCUUCUGUAUUCCUUUUUAAAAGUUUAGAAUACUGAUGAAUCAAAAGGCAAAUGUUUGAAAAUUAGGGAAUGGAGGCUGCAAAAGACAUGACUAAGGAAUGCUUCUUUAUCCUUAUAACCAUUCAUCUCAAUGUUUGGUGUAACUGAAAAUAAAAUUCUACACUGGCAAUACAUUUUUUUUUUCUAAAAUGCAUUUCUUUGUAACUGUGUGCUUUAAUUUUUAAACAGUAAAUGUACAUUAAGGAUCAGAAUCUCAUCUCAGGUGAAUGGCGUGCCAAACUGUACCUGGAAAGGGUACUGAGAGCACAACGGAAGUGAUUUUUUUAAGGAGCAAUGCGGGAAAAGUAGAUCAAAGGCCCGAGGUGGUACCUUGGCCUGGGCAACAUAACCUACAUGUAAAUAUUGAAUCAUUUUGGUGAACAAUGAAUAGAUUUCUUUUGUAGAGGUAACUGCAUAUUUAUCGUGACUGUAGUUUGUGAAGAAAAACAAUGAUUCAUUUCGAAUCUCUCAAAAAUGUUAUUGUUCAGUGUGAAUGUGCCUGCAACAUUGAAUCAUGUGCCAAAACACAAUAUUGAAUGCAUUGUUUUUAAAUAAAAUGUUUUAAUGUGCAUUGGAAAUCUG